CUGUCUGUGUAAAUAAAGUCCAGUGCUUAGACUUGGACCAAAUUGGAGGUCAAAACCCCAGUCCAGUGCCAUGUUUCUCUGCCCUAUUUUGCAGGAUAUGGUGACGGUCACCAUCAGUCAUCCUGUCAAUUUUAAGAGAAAUUUCUAACUUAGACCAGUCUGGUCCCAAAGGUCAUUUUCGUAAGAACCUUCAACAUGUUUACCUCUUGUACACAAAGAGAAGAUGUUAUUUGCCACUUAUUCAUUACAGUUUCAUGAGUACUUCCACAACGCCGAUAGAUCACAGACCAUUUUCUGAAGUAAAUGAGGAGGAUGCUACGACUAUCUCUCUUAGUUCUCUUCCUCUCCUUCUCGGCUUCGUCGGAAGGUCAGGCACUCUGCAGCGACAACAAUGGCGGCAUGUACAUGCCAAACAGCACCUACAAAUCCAAUCUUAUAUCCCUCGCCAAACUACUGUUUGCCAACGCCACAGAGAAGCACUCAGCUACUGGCACGGCUGGCAUAGGACCAGACAAGGUCUAUGGUGCAGUGCUUUGUCGGGGUGAUUCUGAUGGCUCCGACUGUCAGAAGCGCCUAACAAAGGCCCUUGAUGAAGCAAUCAACAGCAAAGCUGGCAACUCUUACUCCCUCCAGAGCAACAAUGUGACCUACUACUACGACCAAUACCAGGCACAGAUAAGCUUCUCCAACCAGGACUUUCUUUCCAACUUCAGCAACAUGACCGGGUGCACCGUGAAUACUAACCUGAAUUCUGUGAGGGCCACUGUAGCCGCCGGGCGUUAUGAAGACCUUGUCACCAAGCUGAUACAUGCGCUUGCUGAUGUUGUGGUGAGCCGAGCAGAAAAAUAUGCAGUCGGCAAAGUGUGGUUUGAGGAGACAGGACAGACGGUGUAUGGGUUGGCGCAGUGCAUACGGGAUAUGCCAUAUGAGCGUUGUGCGGCAUGCCUGGAUCGCAUAAUCCCUGACAUGCAGAGUAAGAUCAUUGCUGGCCAGAUGGGGGCAGCAUUUCUUGGGUUGUGGUGCACAUUGCAUUAUGAGACGGACACACAAUUCUUUAACGAUACUAAGAUGCUGUCGCUCAAUGCGCUCCCAAGAAGUAAAACAAACUUUUUUCGAUGGAACAAUGCAGUCUUGGUUGGCGUUGGCGGUUUCCUACUAGUAAUAUCAAUUUCUUGCUUGGUUUUUCAUAUAUGGGUCAAAACACAACGACGAAGAGAACAAACAAUAUUUAAACUAGGACGGCUGUACUUGUCAAUACAAAUUGCAAUAAAUCUUUGGAGGAUGGGAGGAGCCAACCCAGAAUUUUCACUUUAUGAUUUCUCCCAGAUAAAAGAAGCUACAAGUAACUUCUCGAUUGGUAACAAACUGGGACAAGGUGGCUUUGGUCCUGUAUAUAAGGGCCGAUUAAGAAAUGGACAUAAAAUAGCAGUCAAGAGACUGGAAACAUGUUCUUUGCAAGGUUUACUGGAAUUCCGAAACGAAAUUCAACUUAUAGCAAAGGUUCAACACAAAAAUCUCGUUAAACUGCUGGGAUGCUGCACUCAAGGAGAUCGAGAAAAGAUAAUUGUAUAUGAAUACAUGGAAAACAAAAGCCUAGACUACUUCAUCUUUGAUAUCACUAAAGGAAGGGAGUUAAACUGGUCAAAACGUUUGCGCAUAGUUGAUGGGACAGCUCAAGGUCUUCUUUAUCUUCACAACUACUCACGAAUAUGCAUUGUCCAUAGGGAUUUGAAAGCAAGUAACAUUCUCUUGGAUAGUGCCAUGAAUCCAAAAAUAUCUGAUUUCGGAGUGGCCAGAAUAUUCUACUCAAAUAUGGCAGAGUCAAAUACCACCAGAAUAGUGGGCACACAUGGCUAUAUACCUCCAGAGUAUGCUUUUGAGGGGGUUUGCUCAAUCAAGACAGAUGUAUUUAGCUUUGGCGUAUUGAUUCUGGAAAUAAUAAGUGGAAAGAGGACAGCCCACUUCUAUCAAUACAAUGGGAAACUAUACAAUCUCAUUGCAUAUGCCUGGCAACUUUGGAUGGAUGGAAAAUGGCGUGAGAUGACUUAUUGUCCUCCAGGGAACGAAAAUGAAGAGAUAGAGAGGUGUGUUCAUGUGGCACUUUUAUGUGUUCAAGAAAGUGCAGAGGAUCGACCAGCUAUGGAGCGUGUUGUCACAAUGCUAAACACCAAGAACAUGAGCUUACCUCCACCUAAGCAACCGGCUUAUUUCCAUGUAAAUCCAAGUGAGCAAGAAGUUUCAUCAUGCAACAUUACUAUAAGCAUCACAUUAGAGAGAUAGCACCACAUAGUCAUCAGCGCAGAGAAAGAUGCUAGUUGCAUCAAUUAAGUUUAUUCGCCUCCAGAUGAAACUAUUUACAUUAAUAUAGUGAUGCCGAUGUGGUUGAUGUUUAUGCACAUCUAUCUGUCCUAUUUUCUCACCCAAACAUACUAUACAUUUUUUUUCAACAUGCAAACUUUAUUGAUUUCUUCUU